AUGCGACAUCUUCUUCUUCCGCUCCGUGUGCGUCCGUCGCUCGCAUUCCAGCGCUCGCCCAUUGCAGCGAACAUCGUCUGCGUCUCCUCUCUCUCCUCCCGUGACAACGACAGUGUAAUUCCAUCUGUAGCCUCCAAUCGAUGCAACAACGUGCAGAUAUCUCUCACGCCCGCGGAAGACGCGCUGUUUUCGUUCCUCGAGUACAUCCAGCGUCUGUACACGCCCGAGACGCACCUUCGGGUUGCUGGGGGAUGGGUCCGCGAUAAACUUCGAGGAGCUCCCAGCGCGGACAUUGACAUUGCUCUGACCAACAUCAAAGGAGUGACUUUUGCCCAGUUUAUCCUGAACUUCCAGCGCGCUCGGAAGCUGCAGGUGAGUCCCAUUGGCAUUGUCAAGGCAAAUUCCGAGAAAGCCAAGCACUUGGAGGUCGCAAGUGUGACUGUCCAGGACACGACUGUGGACUUUGUCCAUCUCCGGGCUGAAGCCUAUGCCGAGUCAAGUCGUGUACCCAUGGUCACGUUUGCCUCUCCAGCUGAAGAUGCAUGUCGAAGGGAUUUGACGAUCAAUGCAUUGUUCUAUAACCUCCAUACGCGAGAGGUCGAGGAUUUCACGGGCCAAGGCGUGUCGGAUUUGUUGACGCACCGGAUCAUCAGGACCCCAAAAGAACCGGUGCAGACGUUCCUCGAUGAUCCUCUGCGCGUGUUAAGAGCACUGCGAUUUGCCUGUGCAUUUGGAUUUACUUUGGAUACUGCUCUGGAGAAAGCGGUGAUCGAACAGCGCGAGAUCGUUGCAGCGACGCGACGAAAAGUCAGUCGGGAACGCAUUGGCAUUGAAGUGCGCAAGAUGCUUGCGGGCAAAGAUCCAGCACGUGCGUUUGAUCUAUUGAGAACAUUUGGGCUGCUUGAGCUCGUGUUUAGUGAUGCAGUUGGUACGAUGGACGAAGGAGUUUAUGUAAAUGGUGGGGCGGUAAAACGAGACGACGAGUUCAAGUAUUUGACUCGCAAGUGGACCGAGGCAAUGAAGGAUCGGGCAUCUCAUUACCUUCAUUAUUUGCAGCACAGUCGCUUGGCGCUGGCAAACUGCGAGAUAUCAAACGUCGAGUCCACUGCUGCUAUUUUGACGCCGCUGUUCUUGCCAGAAGUACCCAAAGUUGUCCUGGAUAUUCAUUGGAAGAACGACGUCCUACUUCACGACGAGUUAUGCGGAAUCACCGAGCAAGACAUUGUCGAGAGCUCACUUGAGUUCCUUGGACGCAGAGAAGAGAUUGCGUCGUCAAGUGACUUUGUAGAAAUUGUGGAGAUGCUGAAAGUGCAUGUAAAGUGGCCCAAGCCAGCAGGAAAGCGUGUGGCCUUGAUUAUUGAAGCUGUAGCCACGUAUCCGACACGUGACUUGCCAGUGCCAUCGUCAGGAUUCGAUCACGAAAUCCAGCCAUGCUCUGAAAGUGCAAGACUGAAGCAUCGUGUGCAGCAGUUUAUGUGGAUGACGCAGUAUCACUCCGUGAUUGCGCCUGCACUGACAAUCUUAGCAGCUGAUUGCAGCUAUGAGAAGCAGAAUGGAGGGACCGCGGGUUUCGAAGGUCAGCAACAAGCGGCGCUCAAGUCGUAUCUUGACAUGGCGAAUUCGUACGCCAAGAGUGGCGGUCAAGUAGACAAACCAAGUCCGUGUCGACGGAUUGAUGGCAGAACUGUCCAAGCUCGACUUGGAUUAGGUGCUAAGAAAGCAAUCGCCCACGCUCUGCGGGUCUUACACGUAUGGGAAAAGGUUUAUCCGAACGCAAGUCUGGAAGACGAGCUGGCGUUUCUUGAUCGAUUGGCUCCUCAAUUGUGCGCUUGA